AUGGAAAGGGUGUAUCAAUCGGUUGUAGUUCAAGAAGAUAUAAUCCGUAAAGGACCUUGGCUUGAGGAGGAAGACGAGCGGUUAGCAACUUUCGUAACUCUGAUGGGAGAGCGGCGUUGGGACUCUAUAGCCAAAGUAUCAGGACUUAGAAGGAGUGGUAAGAGCUGCAGAUUGAGAUGGAUGAACUAUUUGCGGCCCGAUCUCAAGCAUGGUCAAAUGAAUGCAGAGGAGGAGCGCAUAAUUCUCCAACUUCAACAUCGCUGGGGAAACAAAUGGUCGAAAAUAGCUCGGAAGUUGCCUGGAAGAACUGACAAUGAGAUAAAGAACUAUUGGAGAACUCAUCUACGGAAGAAAACACAAACUGAAGAACAAGAGAAGGACAAGGCGGCAAAAGAUGCACUCGAACCAGAUUUCUUAUCGCAAACAGAUGUGGAUCACAAUGAGAAUAGAACAGGGAUUGAACAUGAAGUAUAUGCUCAAGAGGAUAUAAUGAGACCAUCGGAGCACUCCUUUGAUGUUUCUGGAUUAUCUCCUCGAAACGUCCUCGCUUAUUCACCAUAUGAAAAUCACAUAUUGGAUUGGAUUUCUUCGAGUGAGUCUGCGACAUUAACUGAUAACAAUGUACUCAAACAUAAUGGGCAGUGCGGCAUCUCAUCCUCUGAUUCAUGGUUCAAUAUUGCUGCAGAUAGUAUAUUGGACUUCACUUCAAUUUCCCUUUGGGAGAGUGACAAAAACUAAAGUAUAGUGAGGUACAAAACGGAAGAUAAUGUGAGUGUUGGAUUCAGUACUCUACCUCAUCCACUAAUCUUCUUAAUGAAAAACUGUAAACAUAGCUGCAUUAUCAUUAUAGUAUACAUAAAUCCAGAACCAUCACUGGCAAAAGUCUUGGGCGUGCGACCGGUUUCAGUUAACAAUACAGGGGGAUAAUGCGGAUGACGUCAACGACAUCCUUCUUUUUUAGUAGUAGUGAUAAUAAUGAUGGAAUGAAGAUACAUGAAGUACAUAAGUUGAUUAGUGCUAGUACAACAUAGAUGUCAUUGUUCAUGGAUGGGGUUUAAGAGUUUAAACGACAAGAAUGAUGAAAUCCAUGGCCAUAGGCGUAUAAAUCAUAUAAUUAGAAAGCUUAUAAUUUGAUAAGAGUACAAAUUGAUCGAGUCUGUGGGUGGGGAGGUUUUUUUUAUGGAUUGCUGAUGGUACAUGUAAAAGUGAACACUAUUGUUGGAUUGUAGUGAGUACUGUAUGUCAUUUCACAGACUCCACCAUAGGUUUUGUGGUUUCUUGUAGCUUGGAAUCUUCUUGAAGGCCAUCAUACACCUCAUUGAA